AUGAGAGUGUUACUGUCCCUCGCCGCCACCAUGUUGGCUGGUAGCACUGUCGCCGCUCCCCCAAGCGCCCAGGUAUCUUAUUCACAACUCAUGACAGACUCCAUGAUCAGACUCAACGUCAAACCCUCAUACAACUACGAUCAAGCUACACUAUACACGUCUUUCGAGGAUAUGUAUGAGUAUACCAAAAACAAGACCUACUAUGACUUCUUCCGUAGUCAAAUGGAUGCAGUGGUACUCAAGGAUGGGACAAUAGCCGGCUUCAACUACACCCACUACUCCUUGGAUCACUACCGCUUCGGCAAUAAUUUGCUCUGGUGGUACCAGAAGACCGGGGAGAAGAAGUUUAAAACUGCGGCCGACGAUAUUAAGACGACCCUGGAUCAUCAUCCACGCACAGCCACUGGUGGUCUCUGGCACCGAGAUGUUGUUUACCCUGACCAAAUGUGGCUUGAUGGUAUCUACAUGGCCGAUAACUUUUACGCCAAAUACACGUGUCUCUUCCAGCCAAACAAUGCUACAGCGUGGAAUGAUAUUAUCCUCCAGUACGAUAAGAUUGACAAGGUUACGCGUCGCCCCAAUAACCUCCUUGUUCAUGGCUUUGAUGAAAGUAAACGCGCUGUUUGGGCUGAUCCAAAGACUGGCGCUGCACCACUCAUCUGGGCUCGUGCCGUUGGUUGGUACUUCAUGUCACUCCUCGAAGCAAUCGAGACUUUUCCCAAGGGCCACCCAGGUCGUGAGAGGCUCCUCGGUUAUUUCACCAGUCUGGCGGAAGGUCUCAAAGAGGCACAAGAUGAGAAAACUGGUGGUUGGUAUAAUAUCAUGGACGAGAAGUACGAGGGCGUCAAGGGCAAUUACAUCGAGGCGAGUGCUAGCGCGAUGUUCACCUUUGAUUGGCUGCGUGGCCUAAACCGAGGUUUUCUUUCAGCCGAAGACUACUCUAGUGUAGCGGCCAAGGCAUUUGAGGGACUGGUCAAAAGGUUUGUUACCAAAAAUGCAGAUGGCACCAUCAACUUUGAGGGAACAGCUGAGGUUGGAAGCCUCGGGAGUAAUGCGACAUUCCAGGUAAGAUAG